AUGUCAACAAUUACUAUCCCCCAAGAUAUAGAAAUUGGUGGGUCAACGUACUAUCAAAUUAAUAUAAAACUACCACUCCGAUCAUUCACGAUAAAGAAACGGUACCUGGAAUUCCAGCAAUUGGUGCUGGACUUGAGUCGUAGUCUAGGUAUUGAUAGUCGGGAUUUUCCAUAUGAAUUACCUGGGAAACGGAUCAACUGGCUUAACAAGACCAGUAUUGUUGAGGAGAGAAAAGUGGGACUUGCAGAAUUUCUCAAUAACCUCAUUCAAGACUCAACACUUCAGAAUGAACGAGAAGUGUUGUCGUUUUUGCAAUUGCCGUCUAAUUUUAGAUUCACCAAGGAUAUGUUACAGAAUAAUCGAGCAGACUUGGAUUCUGUGCAAAAUAACUGGUACGAUGUGUAUCGUAAGUUGAAACUGGAUAUACUCAACGAAUCGUCUAGUAGCAUUAGUGAACAGAUACAUAUUCGAGAUCGCAUUAGUCGGGUCUACCAACCACGGAUUCUCGACUUGGUCAGGGCUAUUGGUACAGAUAAAGAAGAGGCCCUAAAGAAGAAGCAGUUGGUUUCCCAAUUACAAGAGAGUAUAGAUAAUUUGUUAGUACAGGAAGUUCCCCGAUCAAAGAGGGUGUUGGGUGGAGCAGUUAAGGAAACGCCAGAGACAUUACCAUUAAACAAUAAAGAACUUCUUCAACACCAAGUACAAAUUCAUCAAAACCAAGACAAAGAACUAGACCAGCUUAGAGUGUUAAUUGCCCGGCAGAAACAGAUUGGCGAGCUAAUUAAUGCAGAAGUAGAGGAACAGAAUGAAAUGUUGGAUAGGUUUAAUGAAGAGGUCGACUACACGUCCAGCAAAAUCAAGCAAGCAAGACGCAGAGCUAAGAAGAUAUUAUAG